AUGGGAGAUCAGCCUGAGGAAGCGCAGAAGCCUUGCUUGAGCGUCCAGACCCUGUUUAAGAGGGUCAAGGCCUUGCUCACCAAAGCCCCACCUCCGACCCUGCCCCCACCCCUCUCCCGGAAUCCAGGCUGUACACAUGUGUACGGGUAUGUGUUUGGGCACGUGCGUGAAAAUGACCUGGAGCAUCUCCCAUCACAGCAGGUGCUGGACACAGGAGAGCAGCUGAUGGUUCCCAUGGAUGUCCUCCAAGUGGAUAACGAGGGCGCCCUGUGGAAGUUUCUGCUCUCAGGGGCCAUGGCUGGGGCGGUAUCCCGCACGGGCACGGCCCCUCUGGACCGAGCCAAGGUGUAUAUGCAGGUCUACUCCUCCAAGACUAACUUCAUGAACCUGCUGGGGGGGCUCCGAAGCAUGGUCCAGGAAGGGGGCUUCCGCUCCCUGUGGCGGGGCAAUGGCAUCAACGUCCUCAAGAUUGCCCCUGAGUACGCCAUCAAGUUCUCCGUCUUUGAACAGUGUAAGAAUUACUUCUGCGGAGUGCACGGGUCCCCACCCUUUCAGGAACGUCUCCUUGCUGGCUCCCUAGCUGUGGCGACCUCCCAGACACUCAUCAACCCCAUGGAGGUGCUGAAGACACGGCUGACCUUGCGCCGGACGGGCCAGUACAAGGGGCUGCUGGACUGUGCGAGGCAGAUCCUGGAGCGGGAGGGGCCCCGCGCCCUGUACCGCGGCUACCUGCCCAACGUGCUCGGCAUCAUCCCGUACGCCUGCGCGGACCUGGCCGUCUAUGAGAUGCUCAGGUGUUUCUGGUUGAAGUCGGGCAGGGACAUGGAGGAUCCCAGUGGCCUGGUCAGUCUGUCAUCGGUGACACUGUCCACGACCUGUGGCCAAAUGGCCAGUUACCCGCUGACGCUGGUGCGCACCCGGAUGCAGGCCCAAGACACUGUGGAGGGCUCGAACCCCACCAUGUGCGGAGUCUUUCGGCGGAUCCUGGCCCAGCAGGGUUGGCCAGGGCUGUACCGAGGCAUGACUCCCACUUUACUGAAGGUGUUACCAGCAGGUGGCAUCAGCUACGUGGUGUAUGAAGCCAUGAAGAAAACCCUGGGUGUAUAGGCGAUGGCGAGUUGACACACUCUGGGCAGAAAUGGACAGGAAGAUCCAGGGUCUCCUGGCCCAAAUAGCCCUCCAGGCUCAGGCCCAGGCGGCAGUUUGUCCGGAGAAGCAGUCUGGGGGCCUGGCUGGAAGAUCCCUGGGGAUCCUUCCCAAGGGUGCGGCCAGGGACUAGUCUGGACUCCAGGUUGGCUCGUUGUGGCUUGUCCUGGCUUCAGGGUGAAACGGUGGACAUAGAGACAAUCGGAAAUAAAGAGACAGUUUCGGCCAGGUGUGUCUGGGAUACCUGCGUCCAGGAGGGGAGCUGGGUAUCUGGUAUCUCUGGGUCUAGACUAGAAAUCCCUGGUUUCAGGAGGUGAGCUGGGGACUCGGAACACCCUGGGUCCAAGAGGGAGCUGGGCACUUUGGAUACCUGGGUCCCAGGAGUGGAAGCUGGGUACCUGGGAGCCCUGGGUCUCGGAAAGAGGCCUGGAUAUCUUGGGCCCCUUGGACCUCAGUAGGAAUUGUAAACCCGCCUAACGCCAGGGUUCAGGAGAGAAACUGAGGGCCUAGGAUCGGAGCUUGGAGCUCCUAUCUCCAGACCUUAUGUGGAGAGGACGUGGGGUGUUAUUAGGGUCCUAGGAGAGAACCCGCGGCCCUAGACGCUUGAAUUCUGGAGGGGAACUAGUUCCAUGAGGCCUGGAAGAGAAGCGGGGGCUCUAGAACCCUGGGUGGAGAAGACAGUCGGUACACGGGAUCUCUGGGUUCCCUCCUGCCCUUGGGCCACCCCCUCCCGGAAGCACCCGAUCUCCAAGGCCUCGAGCAGGCCAUGUGUUCGGCCUACCCAACCAGGCUCCUGGGGCGCUAACCCAGACGUCAGGCCGAAUUCCCCGCAGCCGGUCGGCACUGCCCACGUCGACUGCCAUUCACUCUCGCUGCGGCUAAUCCCCGCUCGCAUUUGGCGGCCGGCUCCGCCCCAAUGCAGCUCCUCUUCCACUGGCUCCCACCAAAACUGGGCACCUUCAUUUCCUUCCCUGCCAUUCGUCCAGAGCGGUGUCCGUCACCUUGCACCCGCCCCCACCGCCCAGCCAUUGGCUUAGCAAUCAAGGCUAGCAAAGGAUUCUGGUUAACAGGGAAAGCCAUCCAGUCCAAACCUAAGCGCGUCACCCAG